AUGGCCUCCACUCUAACCGUAAAAGUACAUCCAGUGGUUUACUUAACCAUAGUGGAUGCGUUCGAAAGACGUUCCAAUAAACCAGGUGCAAAUGAUAAAGCCUUGGGUACACUGCUGGGCUUUUAUGAAAAGAACGCAAUUCAGGUGACGAAUUGCUAUGCGAUACCAUUCAGCGAGCAAAAGGAGGACACUCCUGAGCUCGAUGAUGGCUUCAACCAAUCGAUGCUGCAAAUUAUGAAGCGUGCAACACCCUCUGAACAACCUGUGGGCUGGUCAGUGCAUUUAUUUUUUAUAUUAUUAUUUAUGAUUGUUAUCAAAUAUUGUUAA